AUGGCUACUAAUAACAUUAACAACCCAUUCGCAACGAUGUUAGACCCUCGUGAUAUAAAGGCAAAGCUUGCUAUUAUACAGCCGGCUGUUGAUUGGGAUGCUCCUAUUAAACUCACUCUCACGGAGGCAACCUUGAAAGACACCUCGUAUGAAUGUAUCUCUUAUGAUCGUUCAGGCGUUACGGCCGUGCCCACGCGAAAGUGUGCCCCGCCGCCGCCUCCUGCUGACAAAAUGAUGACCAUCUCAAUCGAUGGACAGGAUCAGGAUAUUCCUCAUCACCUCGAAAGUGCGUUGCGUAUAUUUAGACGCAAAGAGAGGCAACGUACCGUAUGGGCCGACGUCCUUGUAAGCCGCACUGCCGAAGAGCGCAGUGCCCAAGCCGAUGUGCAGCGAUUCAUAUUGGGCAACGCAGAGCGAACGUUAUGUUGGCUGGGUCCAGACAAUGGGGAAUCUACAACCAAGGCUUUUCAAACCAUUCACGAGAUGGCGCGUCGCUUCUCGGAAGCCUGUCAGCAGGUUGGAAUUGGACGUGAUAUGAGGCUAUCUCAAGCGACACCGCGGCAAAUGACCGAAAUUAGGGAUCGUCUUUUUAGCUGUCCCUAUAACGACCUGGAUUCCUUCAACUUUCGCCACUGGGAUAAUAUUUACGAUAUUUUUGGUUCCAAGUACUGGUGUUCUGUACAAUCUAUAGCCGACAUCGUGCUUGCGAAGGCGCCUAUCGUCAUCUGUGGCCGAAGCAACAUCUCCUGGGAUGCCUACAUCGCCGCUACUCGUGCUAUGCCCUAUUUCCAGGUCAAGUUCUUCCAGGUCCCGUUACUGCCUCAUGUUUUAAAGGGUUUCCAAAUCUCCAACGAGACCGAGAUCGCUGCACGUAAGAAGCGGCUGGGCGAGGCUAUCGAGUUGUUACCUAUGGUUCAGACUGCUCGAGGUUGCGAUUUCAAAGACCCGAGGGAAAACGUCUUCUCGAUGCUACAUGUUGCGACGCCGUCCGGACGCACUAGAUAUCAUGGAGCUGGUGCACAACCUUUACCAAAGAUCGACCGUUCCAAGACCGCACAGCAGGUAUUCACCGAGGUUGCUCGUUACUCCAUAUUAGAGCGCCAGGAUCUUAUGCUAUGGUAUAGCGAACGCCCACCAUGUACAAAACGAUUAAAGGGACUGCCGAGUUGGGUUCCCGAUUUCAGCGCUCCGCCGCCUCAAUGCAGAAGCGACGGUUUUUUCAAGCACAAUCUGGGCAUGCGUGUCUGGUGGGAAGCUGUCCCUCGCCGCUUCAGGAAACCUAUCAUCGUAUCCGCCGAAGAUGAUGCCUUGCAUCUUCAAGUACGACCGCUAGAUCGCAUCGUGCACGUCUCGCCCGUAGUAUUCAACGGGGGCAACUUCCGGCGUCUGUGCUUCACCGAAUUCAACAACCUCCCGCCGGAAACAUCCAACAACGAAACACUUGCGCAAAGAACUGAGCGUUUCUGGCGCGCGAUCCUCCUCAAUGCGAGUGAUAAGAUAGGCGCAACCGUGCGGGAUAUAAUACCGCCGCCAUCUUCUCUAGGAGUGCACUUCGACAGCUUAAUAGCUGAGGAAAGCAUAUUAAAAGCUCUAGACUGCACCAUGGUCGACUUGCAGACGCCCGAAAAUGCGGUGCGCAUACAAAGCUCGCCCGAGCUAAUGGCACUGGUACCUCGCUGCGGCAACGCCAAGCCCUUUGAAGACUUAUUACUGAGCAAUGCGUGUGGACGCCGGUUCUUUAGGACUGCGAACGGCAGGUUCGGUAUGACUGCUAUCGAGGACGUGGUAGCCGCCGACAACAACUUAGUAGGCAAAGAACCGCAGGAUGCGGAAAGGGGCGUGAGAGGGGAUCUCGGUCAGUUGAUGAACGACCCCCUCCAGAAUCUUUUGAUGCAAGGAUUCCAAGAGUACAUGAACCAGCGGUCCCCAGAAACCGCGCCCAUACUUGCCCGGGCUAUAAGAGGCGACGUGCCAGGGCAGAUCCCCGACCAACGCACGGAUAGCGGCACGCGGGAAGGAGACAUUAUCGUAGCUGCUAUUGGCGGGUUCUUCCCGUAUGUCUUACGGCCUAAGUCUCAGCAGGCAGAAGAGACUGGGGAAGAAAGCGGCUCGGGACCUGCUGCUCAGGUCGACGAAGAACCGUCGACGUAUGAGUUUAUUGGCGACUGCUAUUUUCACGGGGCCAUGGAUGGAGAGGAUUUUAAUGCAACUGGUAACUUCGAUACGAGACAUAUUUCUAUAGACUUAUCGAAGAUUGUUAAUAUUACAAUUGUAUAA